UGAUUGAACUUGAACUUAUGUGAAAUCAUGUGUUUUCACUAGUUCACCUCCACACUCGCAUACACAGCGCCCUCUAGAGUUCAGUAGCCCACUUUCAUCUUACUACUAACGCUGGUGCUGUUUCACGGAACAACAUAAACAUGUCAGCCUGAACCAGCAACACCUGCUGUCACCACAACAGGCCGUCGAUUCGACCGACUGCUAUAUGAUUCCCGUCGCGUUAACGGCCGUCAACCCAGAAAGAUGCCGCAGAAAGCACUGGGAUCCAUUGUAGGUCUUCUUUGUACCGGGACUUGUCUGGUGCAGGGGAAGGAGUUCUGUUUUGGUGUAAACAAUGAGCAGUACCGCUGUGAGAUGGGGUACUGCUGUGGAGAGACAGAAUGCUGCACCUACUACUAUGAGCUCUGGUGGUUCUGGUUGGUAUGGACCCUGAUCAUCAUGCUUAGCUGUUGCUGUGCGUACCGACACCGGAGGGUUAAGAUGCGUCUUCAGCAGGAGCAGCGUCAGCGUGAGAUCAGCCUCAUGGCCUACCAGGGAGCCUCCAGCUCCUUCAUUACCCCUCCACCUCUCAAUCUAAGGUUCUGGAACGACUGCAAGCUUCCUGACUAUGAAGAGGUGGUAGGUCAUCCCCCAACACCACCACCUCCUUACUCUGAAAACCCUCCUGAGACAACUCCAGCACUCCCUCCACAAUUGAGCCAGCCAGACGCUGCUACGGUGCCACAACCACUGGCUGAGGCAGACCUGAGGGUGGACAUUCAAGCCUCAGGCUCAUCAUCAGACCAGGAAGCAGCGUCCAUGGCGAUCCAAGCACAGUGUCUGGCAGAGGAGAACAUGGAGGCUCCGUUGAUGGCGGCAGAGGAGGAGGACGAGGAGCUCGUCACCCGGCGUCGCCAUGUGACAGGUGACUCGGGGAUUGAGGUGUGCGUUUGCCAGCUCGACAUAGACGAGGGCUCGGGGCUUGAGGAGGAAAGCGACGAGGAGCACCAGAUGUGCAAGGUGACGGAUCGGGACUGCUGUUCCGGGCACCAGCAGCAGAACUUCAGACAAAAGGAGCGCACCUCUGAGCUGCCCAGCCAGACUGCCAGCACCAGCACUGGAGACCACAUGGUGUGAUCCACUGCCUAACUAACCAGCCAAGUGUGGCUUUCUGCUUCACACAGGGUGACGCAAGACAGCAGUUGCCAUCAUCAUCACCACAGGGACUGUCUGUGUUAAUUCUCUGAACGAACACAUAGGCACGACAUUAAGAUGAUGAUGAUAGCUCCUGAUUAGCAAAGAUGAAUAACACAUUGUGUGGACAAACUCCUGGCUUUUUGUUUUUCUUUUGGUUUGCUUUUCCUUAGCGGGGAAACUAGCAAACACGUUGAUGCUCCAUUUGAUAUGUUUUUUUCUUGACGUUAAGUGAGAGAUCGUCAUUGGGUAGUGAGAAGGCAGCAGCUGAUUGUGACUAAAACCAGAAUUGACUAUUUCCCUUGCCUCCUACCUUCUCUUUGAGCACUGCCGUCAUGUUUCUGAUUCUGUCCCGCCACUGUUCCUGGUCAGAACAUUUCCGACCAUCCUUCCAUCUAAUAUUUUAUCUUCGGUGGGAUGGUCAGCUAGGUGCAUACCAAAAUUUCUCCCCUUUUUCCGCUAUGACUAAGCAAGAGGAGUCAAAAAACAAACCUCCUGAAUACUUAGGAUGAAACUGGAUGAAUGGACAAGCACGAACAAUUUGUUUUCCCCAAAGCUGCGUGUGCGAGAGAAUUUGUGCAUGUGCUGUGGAAUCUAGGGCACAGCUGCAUGGUGAUGUCAGCUCUGAGGUCAUGGUGUGAAGUCUGUGGGACCUUUUGCAUCUAGAGUGGGGGGCACACCCAUAAAUAGAAGAGAGACAAGAAGGAGUUUAGUUUGUUGUUUGGUCUCUAGGAUUUAAAUGUCAUACCCCUCGCCCCCUGCCCUUUUAUUCCUUUUUGAUAUCGAUAUUGUGGUCUCCACUGCUCGGUGGUCACCAAUUAGCAUGACUGUAGGUAAGGAGUGAAAAGCGUUUAAUGAUUUAUUGAUUGUGUGCACGGGAUCUCCCCACUUUGGUUUUUUGACUGCAUUAAAUUUAUAGUAAUAGUUGAGAGGGCUUUGCCACCAAAUUUAAAAAGCCCUGUGGUGGCUCUGUGUGUUUAAUUUACUGUGUUAUGUCAGAAUGAUUAGUGGCAGCAUUUAGCUCAUUCUACACGAAAAUAUAUUUAGUUUUGGAUGUUCAUAACGAAAGAUAUACUUGCUUUUGUUUUUUGUUGUUGUUGUUUUUGUCAUUUCAUAACCAGCUAUGCUUAAAAUGCCACAGGUGUCACCAUUAAUUGCAACAAAGCUCCUAGCAGGGGGCUGCUAGAGUGUGGAGUAGUGAGUGGAUGUUAUAGUGAGGUAGGGAAAGGUUGAGUCCUGUGUGUGUGUGUGUAUAUACAUCUUUAGUGCUGUAGCAUCUGGUUGAAAUACUUACUGAGGUUGAUUAACUAUUAAAGGCACUGGUAUUUUGCAUGAGACAUGGGUUUCUGUGUUUAUAUUUGAGUUCAUUAGCAUUUUCUAGCAGCUGUGCUACUUGCAUUAGUCAUCUCUUUUACUAAACGAGUUGCUACACAGCCCAGAUGUUGCGGUGAAGAAAUGGACUGAUGCUUAAGUUAAUGUGCCCUGGCCUGGAAUCUAGUUUUAUUGUGUUGUUAUGACUGUGUGAGCCAUGCUAUGCUAUUAUACAGUGCUAGUAGCUCGUUAGCUUGUGCUGUCUCGAUUCUCUGUGGCCCCUGUAGCUCUUGGCAGUGUGAGGGGUGUGCAGUGGUAUUUUCCAUUGGCAGCAGAGUGGGUGGGUACAUUAUCAAGUUAAGGUGGAUGCAGGCUCUGCUCUGCGGUCUAGUCAGUGUUGGCACCGGUGCAGAAUCUAUUGUGAUUAACUGCAUGCUUCUCUGCAUGUCAUGUUCCUUGCCCUAUCUAUAUACUGUACAGUAUGUAUUCAAAGCAUAGCAGUCAAACGAGGUGUUGUCAGAUGGGAAAACCACUGCAUACCAGAAUUAUUUGUUGCAAGAGAAAUGUUUCUGCAGGAGAAGCAGUAACUGACAAGUCAGCAAAUGUUUCAUUGAGAAUUUAGAUUGGAACAAUGUUGAACAAACUUUUAAUUUGUCUGCUUUGAGACUGUGUGUCAAAAUGGGCACAGUGUAAAGACUCAGGUCAGUCAUUUUGCUUCACACAAGCACACAUGCUCACAAAGUACUGCUCAUUAUUGGCCUGGAUCAUUAUCAUGAUGUGAAACUCUGUGGUGCAAUAUUCUGGUCUAGAUAAAUCCAUAAACUUGCAUUUCUUACGUAAGAGACUCCAAACGUGUUUUGUAAAUAUAGCGAACAUUACUUACUUGCCAGGUAUAUUUUUUCAGGCAUUUAAAUACAUUGGUAUGUCUCUUUUCUGUCAGCACUGAAUGAACUCUGACAAGGACAUAUUUAAGGAAUUCUUUGCCUCUUUAUAAGACAUGACACUGGGUUCAGCACAUAAAUGUGUAUAAUUUUUGGACUUACGCAGCCCAGUAGGGUUUCGGCUUUCCUCCAACUAGUGGCAUCCCAGAGCUCCAGUACUGGCUGCAGUUGUGUUUUAUUGUGUCUGUGAUUCACCAUUUGAGCAAUGCUACGUAGUGUUGUGGUUAAAUCUUGCAAAAUGAUACAAGCAGGCCAGUGUACCCAACAAUAUAGAGUGAAACAAAAUGAACACACAGCUGCCAGACUUAAAUUGAAAUAUUUUGUUUUAAUGUUCAUUAAAUAGGCGUACUCUAACAUGCUGUUAGAUAGUUUUACAGCAGUGGGGGAAAGCUUUGCAGUCUUUGUGUUGCGUAGUGGAGCAGGUGUUUAAAUAUGAAGCCAAACAAACAUGACAAUGACCUUUUAAGAGGAGCUGUUGCACUGUGAGCAUGACUGCACACCCAUCAGCAGAAGUCACCUAAGCUGCCUUGCUGCAUCUCUAGAGAGUAAAUGAUAAUGGAGCUACACAAUAAAAUACCGCCUCUAUGUGCUACUGCCUUACUAGAGUAGAUGUUGAUAAGUGGUUUUGUUCUGUCUUUCUUUGGAAUGGUAAUAUUUGUGUUGUUCCAGAGGAAUGCUUUCAUAUCAAUAGAAAACUGCAUCUGAGCUUGUUCUGAGAAAGUGCGCCUACUUUGUGAGAAGAGGAUGUGGUUUAUAUAAAAAAAGAAAAAGAAAAGUAAAGCCACAAGAUUUAAACUCACAUGUUUUAUAGUUUUACUUACGGUUUUGUAUCUGAGGGGUGGAUGUGUUGAAUUUAAAGUACUGUGUGUCUAGUUAGUUGUGGCACUGAUGGGAUUUGUCAAGACCAGAUUUUGAGUUUGUGUUCAUUCUGUUUUUGUUUCCGCGAAUCUGGUCGCAAUUAGGUUGUGAUGUUAACUGACUUGAAAGCAUGAGGAAAACAAGUAAAAAAAACGGUCAUUUUUGUUUUCUAGGGCUUUGUUGUGAUUUGUGGUUUGUGUUUGGAGGACAAAAAAAAUGUAUUCCAACGGGAGAUUGCUUGGUAAUCUUCUCGCUAAGGUGCGUUUGCUUAUUUGUGUUUAUAUAUGUAGACAAAAAAAAUCGGGGAGCGUGGUGAGGAAUGAGGGAUGGAUAGGGGUUCUUUUGUGCAUGAGUAAACUUGAGGUCCAUAGUUUUUUCAGCUAAUAUGCCUCCCUGGUUUUCACACGUUUACGGAGUUUAAGGGCUAUAUCGGUCAUCAGUUGUGGACAAACAUCCAUCCAUCUGUUUUAGUGAGUAUUUUGUCCGCUCUAUGCUGUUCAUUUAAAGCCACAGUUGCCGAGAUCCACUAUCUGAACAUGGUCAGUGUUUGGAUGUGGAUGUCCUUUUUUUAAUGUUGUGGUGGAGCUAACAAUAGCUGAUUGUUUAUGACUCUGUAUGCUCGUUUUAUAGGCUUUAACUUUGCAUUUUUUUUUGUCAUCCAUCCUCAACAGAGGUGCGUGAUGUGACCCCCCCCCCAACCGAUUUUUUGUCAUGUAAUUAGCUGCAUGUGUGGUUGUGACGGGAGUAUUUGCUUCGUUGGCUCUUCUGUGGACCGUGACUUCACCCUCCACCAAGCCCUGUCUUGCUUAACAAACUGUAGCCAACGCUGUAGCCGUUUGUUCCUCUCAGCUGCACCUCUCCAAACAUGGACCCUUGGAAACGGGAGGGCACAUCCACACAUGCAAUAGUGUCAACGGAAUAAUCAACCAAAGUCGCUGCCAUCUCCAUGCCACACAGACCAUCGCUGUUUUCACCGGUGUGUGUGUGUGUGUGUGUGUGUGGUUUCCCACGGCGAUGGUCUGUUUGGUUUCCCACUCUCAGGGUUGUCUUUAACGUGUAGUGCUCAAAGUUUUAAAUUAACACAUUUUUUGACCCACCAGUCUCAUAAAGCCAAAGCAGUUGUUUCGUGAUAAUUGUCUCCCCAUUGUUUCUGCAUCACGCACCUCUGUAGUGUAUUGAAAUUUACUCAACUAGGCUAUGCAAAAACCAUAAACCUACUGUUAUAUGCUGCGACCCCUUUCUCACUUUCUCUGUCUUUCGUCUGUGAGCACCAGUAAAAGCAAUAUAACACUCGGUACGUGUGGCACUGCACUGUACUGUAAUUUACUUUGGUUGGUCUGUGUAUAUGUAUUUGUUAAAGAAAAGUGUGGGGGGGGUGUACAUUAAUGUGGUGAGCAUGUAUGCUUCGGUGUCAGGGGCUUGAGUUAAAAAGCCAUUCUAGUUUAUAUAUUCUUUUUUUGGUGAUUUCCUGCCUGCCUCCUCAACCACUAACAUUUCUUCUCCUGACUUAUGGAUAAACCACAUUAUUAAGAUGUGUUAGUCGAAGGAAAAAGUUGAAUAUAUUGUUUUUUGUUGGAUUAAUUCGUAUUUGGUAUCUUUGGUCUGCCAUUUUCCUAACCCUCAUUUUAGUUGCACUAAGUGGAUACGUUGGUUCUUUUCAGUUUAAGCAGCAGCUUUUUUCUUUUUCCAUCAUGAUGAAUUUUCACUGACUGAAUAAUUAACUGUUGCCUUAAAUCCUCAGUUAUUACACCAUCAAUUUCAACAUUUUUAUAUAUUAUACAUAUGAAAGACCUCAACAUGGAACACAGUCAGUUUACAUUAGACAUUUGAGGCUGAUACAGGACCACUCAACACUCUGAACUUUUCAGCUUGUAAACUGUACUUUUUCUCAACCACAGAUGAUAACAAACUGCCGUGGUUGAGCUUUGUGGUUUUUUAAAAUUUUUUAAUUUGUUUAGCCAAAAUGAGAAACACCCUAGUUUGAGAAGGAAGCAGGCAUCUAUCUAUAUACACCGAUCAGAUCUUUCUACAUUUUUUCCCUAAUAACUUUAAACACGCCAAAAUGAGAAAGGUGGAAAAAGAGGACAAAGCUAAUUAAAGCACUGAAUGAUAGACAAUAGAAAAAUGUUUUGGUAAGAAGUCUGCUGUGUACUCGUUGGGUCAUCAUUUGUAUUUUAUUUUUUUAAUAAAACAAACAUUGGCACUCAA